AUGGCACACGACGAAAUUGUCGUUCUCGGUGCGGGUAUCAUCGGCUUAAGCGUCGCUCUGGAAUUAUCCAAACGUGGAUACGGUCAAUAUGUCACGGUAGUAGCGGAGCAUCUUCCAGGCGACAAAACUACUCAUUACACAUCGCCUUGGGCCGGCGGAAACUUCUCUGGUAUCUCGGGCAGCGAUAAAAAUGCCUUGCAUUGGGAUCGAUUGGGUUAUUUGACCAUGAUGGACUUGGUGGAUAGAGGUGCCGAAGAGGCGAAGUAUUUGUUGAAGACGGCGUCAACGGAGUAUUGGGAUGAGAUGCCCUCGAGGGAUAAGAUUCAGAGUAUCGUGGAGUAUCUGCGAGAUCCCGUCCAAAUCCCCAAAAAUGAACUCCCACCCGGAGUCUCCUUCGGCAUCCGAUUCACCACCCUCACGAUCAACGCACCGGCCCAUUGUCAGCAUCUCCAGGAUAUCUUGUCCAAACCGCAAUCCGGGGGCGUGCGCUUUACGCGCCGCAAAAUCGCAUCCCUGGCCGAUGCAUUCCUCUCGCCAGCCACGAAAAUCGUCUUCAAUUGUAUCGGCAACGCGGCGGCCUCGUUUCCCGGCGUUAUGGACUCCAAAUGCUACCCGACCCGUGGACAGAUUGUCCUAGUCAAGGCGCCCUCAGUCACGCAGAAUAUCAUGCGUCAUGGCAAGGAUUAUGAGACGUAUGUCAUUCCGCGGCCGCUCUCCGAUAGCACGGUCGUUCUGGGCGGGUACCUGCAGAAAGGCAACUGGGAUAGUCAGGUCAAGUCGCAUGAGACGGAGUCGAUUCUGAAGAGGACUGGGGAGUUACUGCCUGUGUUGAAUAAUGGGGAGACGCAGAUCCUGGGAGAGGCGGUGGGGUUUCGGCCGUCGAGGGAAGGCGGAGCAAGAGUGGAAUUGGAGCAGAUGGAGGAUGGGGGGAAGAUCGUGGUGCAUAAUUAUGGGGCUGGAGGGACGGGGUUCCAGGCUGGAUUGGGGAUGGCGAAAGAUGCGGUGGAUUUGGCUGAUGAGAAGUUGAGAGAUAUUAAGGAGAAGAGUCGACUGUGA